GUAUCAUUGUAUAUGGACUGAAAGGUUACGGUAAUUCUAGUCGUCGGAAGCAAAGCUUGUCUUCCUAGUCAUCGUUGUUGUUGCAACUGCCCUUCCUUCUCUGCUAAUACAGUACCGUACGGUGGUACCCAAUGCUCGCAGCCUCUGCCUGACAGCUUCUGCACGCCUGCAUACCACAAGAUGCGCUUCGGGAAGACCUUGGACCUCACUCGCUACGGCCCAUGGAAGGACAACUACAUUGACUACUCCAAGCUCAAGAAACUCCUCCGCGAUGACGAUAGCGCCCCCAACUCACCGCUCGCCGAGACUGCUCCUGCGCCCGACAAGUGGACCGACGACGACGAGAGCAGGUUUGUCGACGAGCUCGUGAAUGUGCAGCUGGAGAAGGUGCACAAGUUCCAUCAGGACACGGUCGAGAAGCUGCGCGACCGCACUGCCAAGUGCGAGGCCAAGCUGGACACCAUUGCCGCCGCUGAGACUGGAGAGACAGCGGCGGAGGGUAAUGGUAAUGGUAAUGGUAAUGGCAAUGGCAAUGGCAAGGGCAAGAAGCCCAUGCCCAGUGAGGCCGAGCAAAAGAACAUCCUGCAUGACGUGCUGAAAGAGCUGGACCACAUCACCAAGGAGACGAAUGAGCUCGAAAAGUACAGCCGUAUCAACUACACUGGUUUCCUGAAAGCGGCUAAGAAGCACGAUCGGAAGCGAGGUGGUGCAUACCGCGUACGACCACUGCUUCAGGUGCGUCUGGCGGCUUUGCCAUUCAAUAAAGAGGACUAUGGCCCGCUGCUGUUCCGCCUCAGUGCCAUGUACAGUUUCGUCCGGAACAAGCUGGAGGCCACUGACCAGACAUACAAGGCGAGCGAGAAUGAACAAGGCCGGGAAGAAUACAUCAGCAAGAAGUUCUGGGUCCACCCGGAUAACCUGUUAGAGGUCAAGACUAUCAUUCUGCGACGUCUGCCCGUGCUCGUUUACAAUCCGCAAACCUCAAAGGUCGCCGAGGGCAAUCAGCCUGACCCUUCCAUAACCAGCAUUUACUUUGAUAACUCCGCUUUUGCGCUCUACUCUAACAAGGUGGUUAAUAACUCGGGUUCUUCACUUCGGCUUCGGUGGUAUGGUCAGCUUAAUGACCGCCCUGAGAUAUGGAUCGAGAAGAAGACUGUUACAGAAGACGAGCGGAGCUCAGAGGCCCGCUUUGCCACCAAAGCCAAGUAUGUGCAGCCUUUCAUAGAAGGCGAAUAUCACAUGGAGAAGCAGAUCAAGAAGCUCGAAGAUCGGGCUGGUGCGGAGAGCUCGGAGGCGCGCAACUUGAAGUCCGCUGUGAGCGACGUGCAGCAGUUCAUCAAGGAGCAUGACAUACAGCCAGUCCUGCGCGCCAACUACACUCGUACUGCUUUCCAGAUUCCAGGAGACGAUCGUGUACGCAUCAGUCUUGAUACCGACUUGGCUUUCAUUCGCGAAGAUGCAGUGGACACUGGACGUCCCUGCAGAGAUCCUGAUUCAUGGCACCGUUCCGACAUCGACAACAAUGAGCUCGAGUAUCCGUUCACGUCCAUUCGGAAGGGCGAAAUCAGCCGAUUCCCGUUCGCGCUGCUCGAAGUCAAGCUGCGUAAUACGCCAGGCAUGAAGAGCACCGAAUGGAUCGAGGACAUCACGAACAGCCAUCUCGUCAAAGAGGCGCCGCGAUUCAGCAAAUUCGUUCACGGUGUCAGCACACUAUUCGAGGACUAUGUCAACACUUUCCCAUUCUGGCUGGGCGAGACGGAAACAGACAUUCGUCGCGACCCCCAGGAAGCGUUUGAAGAAGAGCUGGCAAGGAGGCAGAGGGAACAGGACGAUGAAGCUGCUGUUGGCUCGCUGCUGAAGUCCAAGUAUGGAAGUAGUCCGGGCCACCGCAGUGCUUCUUACCAACGCUCUCCGUCACAGGCCAUCAUUAGUCCCGUUGGGUCUCCUGCGGAUACGGCGAACAAACACUCUUCCGGUAGCUUCACCAACCGGCUCGGCAGUGCAGAAGUCAGUCGCAGUGUCGCUGCGCCGACACAAAUGGACGAUGUUGUGGAAGAGCCCGAGGACGACGAAACGGGCACCACAGUGGUUCGACAGGGAAAUCAAAACGGCUCCGCACGUCCAAAUGGACUGAAGAGCUUAUUCCCAACUUUCAGUACCAGUAAAUAUGCUCAAGCCAAACGCGACAAAGUCCAACUGCCUCCUGGAGUCUCGAAACCAGAAUACUGGAUCAAAGAUCAAGGACCAAUCAAAGUCGAAGCCAAGGUCUGGCUCGCCAACCAGCGUACAUUCAUCAAGUGGAUGCAUGUUUCGGUGCUCCUGGCAUCUCUUUCUCUGGGUCUCUUCAACGCUGCUGGUCCGCACAACAAGGUUGGUCAAGCGCUUGGCAUUGUCUACACGCUUGUUGCGGUCUUUGCAGCUGCCUGGGGCUACGGAAUAUACAUGUGGAGGUAUACCUUGAUCACGAAGAGGAGCGGGAAAGAUUUCGAUGCUGUUGCGGGCCCGGUGGUGGUCUGUGUCGGGUUGAUUGUAGCUCUAUGUUUGAAUUUUGCCUUCAAGUAUCGCGCUUUGAUGCAGGAACGUAGAGACAAGGAUGGCCUCCAUACGAUGCUUAUGCAGGGAGGUGAAAACAUGUCUCUGCACGCAGACUUGUAGGUGUAUAUGCAUGUGUAGAUGUACUUUGGUGUGAAUGGAUGUAUAUCUAUUUGAAGAGGAAGUAGUAGGUACAUACAGAAACAGGACUUUUCAUCUUCGAAGCCCCCCUGCCUACAUGUACAUGAGACUUUUCUGCUGUCCGCAAUGUGGGAAAAUUUACAUUGAAGAAAGUAAGACGAUGGGCCUAGCUGUACACGUCCUCCCUAUAUGUAUCCUCCUGGUUGCUCUUGGGUGGGGACGAAGGCAUGUCUACCUAGGUACGUACUGUAAAUUUGCGCGAUCAAUAUACCGUCCGUGUCCAUCCCUUGACUGAUCAAAUCUUCUCAAGAACCUAAGAAACCACUUGCAGCAGCUCAAAACUUGCGUCUUGGCAAAACGACCUCCACCCCCGACUGCAUACAUGUAAGGUACCUCCUCAUGUUGGACUUGAUUCCUUCCUCCACCUAGGCACGGAAAUCCCUCGCAUGCUUGCGACUCGCAUUCCAGCCUUGGUCCAGCAGAUAUGUGACCCACUGCUGCAUAUCAGUCAAUGUCCAGUCCGCUGGGAGAGUCUUUUCCGGCUGCUGGCCAUAUCCACUUGCUGGAUCGGACGAGGGAGUGGUGGUAGGAGUAGAAGGAUAAGAGGCAGCAGAAGUAGCGCUAGCGGUAGGAUAGGCAGAAGUGGAAGAGGCGACGUCGGAGUAGUAAAAGGUCGGUGUUCCCGUCGAUGUCGCUUCGGAAGUGGCGUAGGCGGCGCUGGAUGCCGCGGCUACGGUCGUGUACGACGCUUCUGGGGUUGCGGUAGAAGCUGCGGGAGCGGAGCUGGGGUAUGCGGUUGCAGAGUAUGUGGUGUUGGAGUACGACGUAUGGAUGCUAAGGGAAGAGGCGGAAGCGGUCGUGCUGGCUGGCAUGUAAGAGGAAGCUGCUGCGCUGCCUGACGACGCGAGCGGAACAGAAGACGAAAUCGCAGCGGGGAUCUGGUUGACUGGAGCAGCUGCGGACCACAAGGCGGGGCCGGGAAUAGUGUAUGAGGCGAGUGGGUUGUAGAUGUUGAUCUUGAUGCCGGGGUCCUCUGCCUUGUAGAAGGAUGUAGCGACCUGACCAGCAGGAGUGUCAGUGCCGUCCGAUGUGAUCUCGAGGUUGAUACACUGUGGGUAGUUCUGAGCGCCAUUGGCGUCGCCGGCGGAGUGCAGAGCAAUGAUCUCGUGACGAAGGACGUAUUUUCCUGGAGCAAUCGAAGAGGGAAUGGUCACAGCCCAAGAGUUGUUGUUGGCAAUCAGCUCAUCAGACGCCCACUUGCCGGGAGCUGCGCUGGAAUCGACCAGUCCUCGCUCAUCAAUCUUGAAGAAGUUGAGUGCAGUCUUAUCGAUAUCAGCAAACUCUCCGUCGACCUUUGCAAGAUAGUCCAGCACCGGUCCGUGAUGCGAAUCGGGCCACGUAGUCCACUGCAGUUCGACUUGAUCGCCCGCCUUGAUCUGAGCAGCGGUGCCACCAGGGGUCGCGGAGAGAUGGCAGACGAUAUCUGCAUCGCCGUAUGCGGUCGGAGCGACAUAGCCAUUGGCCAGGUUCUCUGGGUCACUCCAGCCGGCGACUGUUGGAGGUGGAUUCUGGUAUUGGAAGGAAGGGCUAUAGCCAGAGUACCAAGUUCCGCCCGCGACGAAGCCAGAGACGUAGCCGUGAGCCGCCACAGAGCUGGCCAAGGAGCCGAGAAUGGCGGUGAUCUGGAGUGCAGACAUGGUGCUUGCUGGAAGAGGGAUUGAUAUGCAGAAAGAAUCUGGUGGUAAGAAUAGCUGUCGUGCCGUUCGUGGAAGCCGUAAGAAAUGAAUGGACAGUAUCACCAGGAUACUUGCAAAAGAAUGUGAUCAAAGGACAAUGCUGCACAGCGAACAGGAGAAGAGACAAUGGCUUGGGAGAAGGAGAGACGAAGGAACAGUUGGGGUCUUAUAUGGACGAGAUGGACGGCAUCGGAGGCGCUCACCGUUCACUCAGGAAUGCCAUUCCCAACCCCACUUCCACUAUACAGUGCACGCGAGAGGAUGUUGUCG